CCUUUCCCUUCCUCGUCCUCCAUCUCGAUAAAUCCAAGAACGCCAAAGUACUUUUCCCUCCAACUCCUUCCCCCUAAAUUUCACUUUCAGUCCGCCCUCCCGCUAUGAAAUUGAAAAAGAUGGCUUCCAAGUUACAAAAAUCCCUUGAAAAUUCUCGACCAAGCCCAAUAUUUGAAUACCUGAAGGGAAAAAAACCCCCGAUAUGGAUUCUGAAUUGGAAAAUUUCUCGGGCGAACUUACGUUUUGAGUGCAGUCUGUCGCUUUUCAGGUCAACACGCCAACACAACCACAACUAUUGCUAUUUUUUCAGUCUGUGAUCUGAGCCGCUGCUAUGCCAUAACGGUGGAUACCGCCAUGACAGCCCACGAAGCCUCCUCUUCGUCCUCCUCCCAGUCCAAACUCUGGAAGUACGACGUAUUCUUGAGCUUCAGGGGUGAAGACACGCGCUAUGGCUUCACGAGCCACCUCCACGCGGCAUUAAAAGCCAGAGGGUACCAGGUCUUUAUUGAUGAGGACGAUCUACCAAGAGGGGAAGAAAUAAAAGAGAAACUGUUUCGUGCAAUCGAAGAGUCGAGGAUCUCUGUCAUUAUCUUCUCAAAGAUGUAUGCGGAUUCGAGUUGGUGUCUUGACGAGCUGGUGAAGAUCAUGGAGUGCAGAUCCGAACUUCAGCGACGUGUUUUGCCAAUAUUCUAUCACGUCGAUCCUUCGCAUGUCAGGAAGCAGGACGGAGAUUUAGCCGAAGCAUUUCAGAACCAUGAAAAGGACAUCCGUGAAGAAAAAGAUGACAAGAAACGUGAAGCUAAACAAGAAAGGCUAAAGCUGUGGGGAGAGGCUCUCACAAAGGCUGCAAAUUUGUCUGGCCACCAUCUUAAAAACGCUAGCAAUGGGCCCGAAGCAGAGUUCAUUACAAAAAUUAUUGACGAUAAUAUUUGUGAAUGGCUCACCAGCACUAACGAAUUACAUGUGGCCAAGCACAUAGUUGGAAUCGAUUCUCGCGUUCAAGAUAUUAUCAGUUAUCUUUCAAGUGGUGGAUCAAAUGAUGUUCUCAUGGUUGGAAUUUGGGGUAUGGGUGGACUGGGUAAAACAACAGCUGCCAAAGCCAUUUAUAACCAAAUUCAUCCUCAGUUUGAAUUCAAAAGUUUCCUUGCCGACGUUCGUGAUGCUACAAGGAAACAUGAUCUGGUUGAUUUGCAAAAAAAACUUAUUUCUGACAUCUUGAAAAAGAAGCAUGAAAUAAGCUGUGUUGCCGAAGGUAUCGGUCUGAUAAAACAACAAUUUCGACAUAGAAAGAUACUUGUCAUCGUGGACAACAUAGAUAAAAAGGAACAACUGGAUGCAAUAGUUGGAAGUCAUGAUUGGUUUGGUCCUGGAAGUAGAAUUAUCAUAACAACACGAGAUGAACGUCUACUACUAAAUGUGGACAGAGCAUGUCAGGCUAAGAAAAUGAAUGAAGAAGAAGCUCUUGAGCUAUUUAGUUGGCAUGCCUUCAAAAAUAGUUGUCCUGAUGAAGGAUAUCUUGAAGUUUCAGAAAAGGUUGUUUCUUACUGUGGAGGUUUACCACUAGCGCUUGAAGUUUUAGGAUCUCUUUUGAUUAAAAGAUCGUGGGCAGAGUGGGAAAGUCAAUUGGAGAAAUUGGGAAGAUAUCCAGAUGAACAUAUUGUAAAUCGACUCAGAAUAAGCUAUGAUGGGCUAGAUGAUUCAGAGAAGGCUAUAUUUCUUGACGUAUCUUGUUUCUUUAUUGGAGAUGACAAGGACUAUGUCGCAAAAAUAUUAGAUCGAUGCGGAUUUUUUGGAACAAUAGGAAUCAAUGUCCUUCGUGAACGAUGUCUUGUAACUGUUGAAGGCAACAAGUUGAAUAUGCAUGAUUUGCUUCGAAAAAUGGCCAGAGUGAUCAUUUCUAAAAAAUCUCUUGGUCACCCUGGAAAAUGGAGUAGGUUGUGGAACCGUCGAGAGGUCGCCAAUGUCUUGAGAAAUAAAUCUGGAACUGAAGAAGUUGAAGGACUUGCUCUAAAUUUCCCUGAUCCUUGGCCUCGAAGCUCUAAAUUGUGUAGUUUUAGUACAGAAGCAUUUGCCAAUAUGAAGAAACUGAGAUUCCUUCAUCUCAAAUACGUUCAGCUCAAUGGAGAAUACAAACAUCUUCCCAAAGAGUUAAUAUGGUUGUGUUGGGUAGGAUGCCCUUUAAAGUCCAUACCAGAUGACUUUUUUGAUCAACCAAGACUAGUAGUUUUAGAUAUGCAGUAUAGCAAACUGGUACAAGUUUGGGAGGGCUAUAAGUUGCUAAAGAGGUUGAAAAUCAUGAAUCUCAGUCAUUCCCUAUCUCUAAUUCAAUCACCGGACUUUUCACAAGUCCCAUAUCUUGAAGAGUUGAUACUAGAAAAUUGUGGGAGUUUGUCCGAGAUUCACCCCUCCAUUGGUCAACUUAAAAGACUUUCUUUGGUGAACCUUAAAGAAUGCGAAAAGCUUCGUUCUCUUCCAAGGGAUUUCUAUAAGUUGAAAUAUGUUAAGACUCUUCUUCUUAAUGAUUGUUUAGAAUUCAGAGAAGUGCAUGAGGAUUUAGGGGAGAUGACAUCAUUGAGAAUACUUGAAGCAGAGCAUACAGCCAUAAGACAAAUACCAUCUUCCACAGUUAGAUUGGAGAAUCUCACUCUUUUAUCCUUAAACGGUGUGAAAUUGGGUCAUGAUGCAAUCCCUCGGGAUCUUGGGAGUUUAAUUUCUUUACAAGUUUUGGAUCUUCAAGGGAAUGAUUUCCAUAUCCUACCCAGCCUCAGUGGUCUUACAAAGCUUGAAACAUUGAGGUUAAAUGAUUGCUUUAACCUUCGUACAAUCCCUGAUUUACCAACAAAUUUGAUUCUGUAUGCCGCUAAUUGUCCUGCAUUGGAAACAAUGCCCAAUUUUUCGGAAAUGUCAAAAAUGAGAAAGUUGAAGGUAAGUGAUUCACCCAAACUCAUUGAGGUUCCAGGCUUGGAUAAGUCAUUAAACUUCAUGACAUUGAUUGAUAUGAGUAACUGCACCAAUCUCAUAGCUGAUUUUGGGAAGAACAUCCUACAGGGAUGGACUUCGUGCGGAUUUGGUGGCAUUUUACUUUAUGGGAAUUUUGUUCCUGAUUGGUUUGAGUUUGUUGACCAUGGCACUACAGUCAGUUUUGAUAUUCCCCCGAAUGAUGGUCGUACUUUUGAAGGGCUGACUCUGUGCUUCUUGCACAAAUAUGGAUUUGAAAUUAAUUUUGAAUUUGGCAUUACUGUUAUAAAUCGUACCAAGCGUACUAAGUUGCAGGCUUACUUUGGCAACGGAUAUUGGGAUAAGCCUUCAAACUGUAAUCUUUGGCACAUACUUUGGCAAGUACAACUCUCGAACGAUAAGCUCAAAUUGCAAAGUGGGGAUAAAGUUGACGUUAUAGUAUUCAAUUCAAGAAAAUCUGAUUAUUAUUGGCCAUUAAUGAGAACAAUGGUUAAUCUAGUGUGGAACAAACCUAUGAAGGAAAAUACGCAUGAUUUGGACCAAGCUAGUUAUGUUUUUGACCAUCAUCCAUCUCGAUUCUAUGAGGAGUCAUCUAAUGAUUAUGAUCUCAGUAAUUCCAUCGGUAGUACUAUAGCAGUGCAUGCUCAUGGUCCUCUCAGACUUGCGGAUUCAUAUUUUUCCUCGUCGUCUAAUACUUUUCCUGCAGGCCAUCAUAUUCAGCCUCAAACUCGUCCUGAGAAUCUCUCAGUACCCUACCCAGUGGACGAUGAUCCUCUUACGCACCUCUCUCUGUCUCUUGAUUAUUCAUCAUCUACUUGUUCAGGCCAUCAUAUUCAGCCUCAAACUCGUCCUAAGAUUCUCUCAGCACUCUACCCAGUGGACGAAGAUCCUCUUACGUGCCUCUCUCUGUCUCUUGAUCAUUCAUCAUCUACUUGUUCAGGCCCUCAUAUUCAGCCUCAAACUCGUCCUGAGAAUCUCCCAAUACUCUUCCAGCUAGAGGGUCCGGCAGUCAGUGACAGAGGAGAUCAGAUAUCCAGCCCAAUGCAGGAAGAUCUUCUUGCACGUCUUUCUUUAUCCCUUCAUCAUUGGAAGCCACAAAGUCCGGCAGUCAGUGACAGAGAAGAUCAGAUAGCCGACCCAAUGGACGAAGAUCCUCUUUCGAGCCUUUCUUUGUCUCUUGAUCAUUGGAAGCCACAGGGUCCAGCAGUUAGUGACAGAGGAGAUCUGAUAGCUGACCCAAUGGACAAAGGUCCUCUUACAAGCCUUUCUUUGUCUCUUGAUCAUUGGAAGCCACAGGGUCCAGCAGUUAGUGACUGAGGAGAUCUGAUAGCCGACCCAAUGGACAAAGGUCCUCUUACGAGCCUUUCUUUGUAUCUUGAUCAUUGGAAGUCACAGGGUCCAGCAGGUCAGUGACAGAGGAGAUCAGAUAUCCGGCCCAAUGGACGAAGAUCCUCUUACGUGCCUCUCUGUCUCUUGAUCAUUCAUCAUCUACUUGUUCAGGUAACAUUCAACUAAACACCUCAGACUUUUGGCCCUUUCCAUUUGGAGAGAGUGAGACUAUGAGAGCUGAAUAGAUUGUAGGGCUGUUCAUGUCUCUGCUCGCCAUUCCUUUGUAUUUUUGGCAUUUCAAAUAUUUUGUUUUUAUAUGAUUAAUUUAACUUAAUUUUAAUUGGGUGAGAAUUA